AUGCUGGCCGUUUCUGCUUCAGCUUUAUCAAUUCCAAGUAAGCUUCAGACUGCUGAGUCUUACGAGACCAGGCUCUGCCACCUCUCACUUUCUCCUUCACUCAAGUGUACUCCGCAAAACCCACUACUCCCUUCUGCUUCUCUUGGGUUUCUGAACCCUUUACGGGUAUCAGAUAAUCGCAAAGGGAUGAUGCUGAAUAGAAAAAGGAAUGCAUGUAAUGCUGUUUGCUAUGCUGCACCUCUUACUACUACUAAUCUCCAAUGGGUGGCUACUAUUUCGACUGCGGUUUUAAUGCUUGCAAGAGGUACUGCUAUUCACAAGUCCUUCCUUGUUCCUUUCUUUGCUUUACUAGCCCCGGCCAGCAUUGUUUCAUGGAUCAAGGGAGAGUAUGGGAUUUGGACAGCGUUCCUGGCUCUUAUUGUCCGGCUGUUCUUUCCUUUCCCAGGGGAACUUGAGUUGCCUUUUGUGGCACUACUUUUGGUAAUCGUUGCACCUUAUCAAGUUAUGAACCUUAGGGGAAAACAGGAAGGAGUCAUUAUCUCUCUGAUAAUCGCAGCUUAUCUGGCUUUCCAGCAUUUCUCACGAGCAGGCAGUCUCCGUAAUGCAUUCAACCAAGUUUCCGUUAUUGCCUCCAUAGCUAUCAUUUGCAUCGUCGCUGUGCCAUGCUUGUUCUUAAUCUGA